AUGAGAGAGUAUGGGUUUCCGGAGAUUAGGUCGUUGCUUUGUAUCGGUGGGGUGGACAUGAAAUCUCAGCUAGACAUUGUGAAGAAAGGAGUUCAUAUAGUGGUUGCUACACCUGAGAGGCUCAAAGAUAUGCUUGCAAAGAAGAAGAUGAAUCAUGAUAGUUGCAGGUACUUGACAUCAGAUGAGGCAGAUCGAUUGGUAGAUCUUGGAUUUGAAGACGACAUUAGGGAAGUAUUUGAUCACUUUAAAGCUCAACGUCAAACUCUCCUAUUUUUUGCCACGAUGCCCACUAAAAUCCAGGUGUUUGCCAGAAGUGCACUGGUUAAGCCAAUUACUGUGAAUGUUGGAAGGGCUGAAGCUGCAAAUCUGGAUGUGAUACAAGAGAAGACCCCACCGCCUGUUCUAAUCUUCUGUGAGAACAAAGCUGAUGUUGAUGACAUUUAUGAGUAUUUUCUUUUAAAGGGAGUUGAAGCAGUGGCAAUUCACAUGGGAAAGGAUCAAGGAGAGAGAUUAUGCCAUUAA